AUGUCUGGUUCUGAAUUAUUGGACGAUUAUCAUCACCUACCGACAUCAAGUCAUUCUUAUGUAAAUUUAAUGAAUGAUGAUCCAGACGGAGAGAAAUUACAAUUCAGUACAAAUUAUUCAUCUUUAUCUCGACUUAAAAAAAUCCACGAUGAUCACGUGAAAUCAUCUAAUGGAGAGAUAUACGUGAAUGGAGAUGGUGCGACUUCCGACAAUGAUAACAAAAAUAAAACUCCUACUGGUGGUGGUAGUUCGCGUAAAAAUUCUUUAAAAAGACAAAAUUCUUCAAAUAGUGUUUACUAUAAUGUAUGGGAGUCUGAAGAUGGCUCUAAAGUUCCUCAAAAUGCAAUUACUACUACUACUACUACUACUAAUACCGAUGGUAACUUAAAGCGAAAUAAUGAAAUAUCAACAAAUACACGAAUUUAUCGUAGAAGUCGUGCAUUACCUGGCAAUAUACUUCUUACAUCUGAUCAAGGUUUACCGAUGGCGACAACAGUCACAACCACAUCGACGACAAGUUCAACAACAACUACUGCUGCUGCUGCUACAACACUUCCUGCUACUUCGUCAACUGUUCAUAUACCUACUUCACUUACAAAUUCCACUUAUAAUACGAAUGUAUUAUCUGAAUUAAGUCCUGAAUUACCAUUACCAGUUCGUGUGAAACGAUCUCAGAUGUCGUUGGAUAGUACUAGCAGCAGUAGUAGUAGUUGUAGUGGUGGCGAUAAUGACGAAAGUACCAGUUUGCAGGAUGCUACAAUCAACGGAAAUAACAAUCUAUCAAGAGAAGAAAAUAAAGAGAAUAGAAUUCACGGCGUCGUGGAUAAUCACCAUCAUCAUCGAGUUAAUGAUGACACUGGUAAAUUGUCUACAGAUUAUCAUCGGUCGACUGGUGGUGUUGGUGUUACUAAUCCUCCGCCUACUGUCGGCACAAUGGCAGUAACAACGCCCACUACAAGUACUACUACAACACCAACAACUAUCUCUGGAAAACUUCAGUCCAAUCUUGGCAUUGGAAAAUCGAGUGGAUCCGUUCAAAAAAUCUCUCAACUAAAUUAUAUUGAACCGUUCAAUUUAGAUUUACGUACUUCUCAGUCAACUGUUGAACGUGUUAAUAAUCCUAUAACCACAACGUCAUCAACAUCAUCAUCACUAUCAGAAACAAUCACUACAAUAUCGUCAACACCGCCGGCAACAGGAACACCGAUGACAACAGGCUCCACAACGUCAGUAUCUACAGCCAUAAAAACAAUACGUCUGAUUAAAAAACCCUCUAUAACCUCGACGACGUCUACAAUGAUGAGUUCAGUCAGUAGUAACAGUUCAUCAGCAGCUUUUACAACAAAUCCAAUCGAAACUCCUUCGCAUCAUCAUCAUCAAUCCAGUGUAAUAAGUCGUCUACAACAUUUAAUCAAUACGUCAUCUACUACACCAAAGUGUCCGCCUCCGCUUCCUAGCGCUAAUACUAUCCUACCUCAGUGUGAUUCACCACUACCUCAUACUACUAACACUUUUAGUAAUAGUAGUAUAAUUCAUACAACAACAACUAGUACUAUUACUACUAAUGCUGGAGAAGAUGAUGAGCAUAUUGAAUAUCGUGAAAUUGAUCCAAUCAGUACAAAUGCCUUGGCUAUUGUCACAGAACGAUUUGGAUAGUGUGAGUGUGCGUGUGUGUGGGCGUGUGCAUGUGCAUGUGUCCCGGUGGGCGUUUGUGGUGUGUAUACACACUGUAUUUAUAAUAAUGCAUAUUGUGUUCGUUUAUAUAAUUGUACCCCCGUUGCCUCUCUCUCUCUGUCUCUUUCUCUCCCUCACUCGCUGGUCUUGUCUUUUGUAAUGACCCCACUAUUCAACAGGAAAAAACGUUGAAUAAGUCACGGUGUUAUUUUACAUUCCUUUAACAUAACGAUUAUGAUGACGAUAAAUGCCAAGAACUCUUAAUAUGUACUAAUGAUUAGAUUGACGAUAAUAUGACUAUUAUUACUAUCAGUAUUAUUGUUAUUAUUAUUUUGUACAUCUAUUUUAUGAUUAUGAAGAAAUAAAUAUUCUUUCGUAU